GACAGCCAUUGUGAUUAUUGUGACGGCCUACUUUGACGGGAACCGCAAUAAAUAAAUAAAUACAAUUUAUUUGAUUUGAUUUUGUACGAAACAAGUUUACAGUAUUUUACUUUUUCGGAUUCUAAAAUAUACCAGUUAAUAUAAAGUGUGCAGUUGAGAUCCAGCCAGCAGCAUUCAUUGAAGGUUUACCUGCAACUGCGCGUUAGGCGUCUAGUUAGGUCUUUUCCGCCGGCGCUCUCCUGGAGGACGGUUCGCUAAAGCCAUAAAUCACCUUGGAAAAUUAAUUAUUGAACGUUGUUGAAGAUAGUACCCAGCCAGAAUGGGCAAACAAGGUAAAAAGAAAGGCGGAAAGAAGGAGCCACAAAAGGAAGAGUCCACUUCCAGUCAUGUGUCUCAACAGCCUUCUACUUCUGCACAAGAUGAGGAGGAAGAGGAAGUUGGAUUAACAGGGGCAGCACGCAAGAGGAAGGAAAAGAAAGAAUUAAAAGAAAAGGCAAAGCAAACAUUGCAAGCCCUUCAAUCUACUAGAAAAACAACUACAUCAGUUUCUGAAGUUCCAUCUGAAGAAUCUUCCAGAGCAGGAUCUGAGGCUCCAUCUGAAGCCAAACCUGAACCUGGACCUUCAAAGCAAGCAACACCACCGCCUGAUCUUAAAGUUGAGGAGAUAAUAGAAGAGUUUGAAGGUCUAGGAUUACCAAGUACUAAAAAGAAAAAACCUAAAAAGAAAAAACCUGGUGAAGUCACCUCACCAACAGAAGCCCCUAAGGCUGCUCCAGCUCAGGUUCCUCCGACUGCUGCAGCCCAGGAAUCAUCUGCGGCUGUUGUAUCAUGUCCACCUUGGUCUGGACCAGAGCCAGCUGACCUAAGUUCGCCGCUAAGUUGGGGACCUCCCCCUGGUAAAGGCCGUCCUCGCGGACGCCCAGUGCAGUUGCCAUCGCCUCAAAUACCAACUACGCGAACAUUCCCCCUCUCCCCUUCACAAUCCGGUGCAUCUUCGGUUCCUUCAAGCGCAUUGUCACCAACCUCUUCAAGCGUAUCUGUGAGCGGAAGUGAACGAAGACCGCCCCGCUCACUUGAACCAGUGCUAUGUCGGUAUAAAAUACCCAUGAAAAUUCCCACUAGAACAGUGCGUGCACGAAAUAUCACUGUUCUAGCGAAUUACCUGGAAAUGAGCUUCAAAUCAAUCGAGAUCUCGCGUUAUGACAUAAACUUCUCUCCUGAUCGCCCAAAGAAGAUGCUGCCUAUCGUCUUCCAGCAGGUGAAGAAGAGGUUUUAUGCUUCUGAUCUUAUCGCCUUUGAUCAGAUGAAGAACUGCUAUUCACUGCGUCCUUUGAAGAAUGUGACAGCUACGGAGCGUUUUACCACAACCGUUGACCUGUUGGACCAAAAUGGAAGAAAUAUGACAUUUGAAGUUACCAUAAAGUCCACUGGUGUUGUAGAUCUGGGGAACAUAAAGCGAUAUAUGGUAGAGCGAGGAUCGUCUUUAUGCCACCCUACUGAAGAAAUUCAAUGUAUUGAUGUAAUUCUACGCCAGGGUGCGUUGGAGUCAUACGUCAAGGCUGGUCGUCAGUUCUUUAAGCGUCCAGCGAACCCCGUCGACCUGGGUUCUGGAUAUGAAAUGUGGACGGGACUGUUUCAGUCUGCCAUUUUCACAAACAAAUCGUUUAUUAAUAUCGAUGUGGCCCACAAAGGUUUUCCUAAAGCUCAGAGUAUGAUUGAUUGUCUUGUAAAAGACUUCAACUUGGACCCUUAUCGUCCUAUAGAUAACCAGAGGGGAGGAGACAAUUUCGCAACAUUUGUCAAGGGGCUCAAGGUGGUAGCCAGUUUAGUUGGUAACACGGCGACGGCCGGACAUAAACGCGAGUUCGUAUGUAACGGGGUAGUUGGACCUCCGGACAAGCUCACAUUCCCUAUCACUGAGUCGGAUGGCCGCUCUCGCAAGCUCACUGUCGCUGAAUACUUUGCCAAGGAAAAGCAAUAUAGACUGAAAUAUCCGCAUCUGAACUGCUUGUGGGUGGGUUCCCGUGAAAGAUGCAUUUACUUCCCAAUGGAACUCCUCAAUGUUUCCUAUGGACAGCCUUUAGCAAGACAACUAAAUGAAAUGCAAGUCUCAAAAAUGGUGAAGGAAGCGGCAACACCGCCUGAUGAGCGUUUGGCUAAAAUUAAAGAAGUUAUUUCAAAUAUGCAGUACUCCCAGAAUAAAGAUUUCAAGCAGUUUGGACUGGAGAUUUCUGACAAAUUCUACACGGUCCAGGCCAAAAUUUUAGAUCCACCCGUUUUGGAAGUUGGAAAUGCAAAAGUUACUCCCAGGAAGGGCCAAUGGCAGGCUAAUCGCCUCUUGAAGGCGGAAGCACUCCAGUCAUGGGGUCUCAUCGCCGUCGAUACAGACCCGAGAAUCGAUUAUGACAGCAUGAUUUCACUGAUUAUCAGCACCGGCAAUCAGUUGGGCAUGAAUGUUUCCAAACCAAAGUUCGUUAAUCUUGGCGCUAGAAUGACGUCACUCCACGGCAUUCUGAUGAAUGCUUACAAAGAUGUCAGAUUCGUUUUCGUGAUCGUCUCUGCUAGGGGACGGGAUGAUUAUCACAAGGUAAAGCAAAUGGCCGAACGUGAAGUUGGCAUUCUGACACAAUGCAUUCGAGAGAUGACUGCGCGUCGUAUAAACCAGAUGACAGCCAAGAACAUCUUACUCAAGGUGAACUCCAAACUGAUGGGUGUUAACCAAGCGAUUGAACACAACACAUUGCCAAAGUGUUUGAGGGACGGCAAUGUCAUGAUUGUCGGCGCUGACGUCACUCAUCCAUCGCCAGAUCAGUCAAAUGUUCCCAGUAUUGCAGCGGUAACGGCGUCCAUCGAUCCGCGAUGCUAUAUGUAUAACAUCGAACUCAGCGUGCAGACACCUAAGAAAGAGAUGAUUGUGGAGUUCGAAGAUAUGAUGUUCGAUCACCUCAAGGUGUACAAGGAUCGCAACAACUCCCUGCCAAAGAAGAUAUUUGUAUUCCGUGACGGAGUUUCAGAGGGGCAAUUUGCACAGGUGAUGAACAGUGAACUGCAGGCCGUACAGCAGGCGUACCAGCGCAUGGCGGGACAGUCUCGGAAGCCAGAGAUCUUGUUCCUGUUGGUACAAAAGAGGCAUCACACGAGACUUUUCUGUGAUGGAACCAGCCGUUAUAAUGUUGAGCCCGGCACAGUAGUGGAUACCGAUAUCGUUCACGCUUCCGAAUUGGACUUCUAUCUGGUGUCCCACCAAGCCAUAAAGGGCACGGCCCGUCCGACGCGCUACCACGCGGUGUGUAACGACGGCAAGAUCCCGGACGACGAGGUGGAGCAGCUCACGUACUACCUGUGCCACCUGUACUCACGCUGCAUGCGCGCCGUGUCAUACCCCACGCCCACCUACUACGCACAUCUCGCUUGUCUCAGGGCUAGGUCGCUCACACACGGCGAGAGGUUUGACAACAAAGAGUUGGAGCGCCAUCCGAAACGGCUUCACGUACUGGACAAAAUGUUACAGUACAGUCGCAUGUUCUUCGUCUAAAUUUUAUAUUCCCUGAGUGUUUCCAGCUUCUAUGUAUAACAAAAAAAAAGAAACAAUAAAAAAAAAUCUUAAUAUCCAAAAGUAAAAAAAAAUUCGUAGUAUUUCGUGUUGGGUAUAAAACCCAACUACAAUGCCAGUUUAUACUUUAAUGUGUAGUAGUUGUUUAAAUGUUCCUUUUAAAAGACAUGAUUCAUAAUUUUAUGAGUGUGCAAGGUAAGCCAAAGCCUUGUAACAAUGAGUAUUCCAUAUUUUGAAUUCUCGACCGCACCCCAGUCCUGCGGUUUACUCCCGAAACUGAUUCUGUUUUGUUGUAAAUUCAUAUUCGUUCUAAAAUCUAUCGAUCUAGUGUUAUCAGCGUCUUAAGCUGUCAUUUGGCACUGCUGUCGAUACACAGAGUAACUGGAUCUCAAUUCAAUUGGAACCGACCCCUUUCUUCAGUAACCUUUUGUACCAACUUAAAAUAGAAAAUGUAAUAAAAAGACUUGUAGCUAUCUGCUUUUUAAUAUAAAAUUGAUUCUGGCACUAAAUUCUUAUCUAUUUUAUGACGAACUUAUAUUAACUAUUCGUAAAUAUAUAAGAAAUGUAAGAAAAAAAUCUUGACUCGUUCUUAUUAAGUACUAUUCUUGUAGGACCUAUUUUUGACCAAUUUAUGAAUGGACGUUUAUAAUCAAUCCAUUUUUAAUACCAUUAUCAUUAUAUUUAUUUAAAAAGUAUAACGAGAUUAAUUUAGAAACUAUGGCACUAAUGCUGUUUUUUUUUCUAGAUCUGUGUUUUAAUAUUUUGAUUAUCAGUAUGAAAUAGGUGUUUAAAUUUUAUUGUUUUAUUAAAUAAUUUAUUUAUCGAUUUAUUAUUGUGUGUAACACUAAGUUUUCAAGCUGAAUGUUCCUAACCCUUUUAAAGGACGGGAUCUCUUCACAACAGUUUAUGUGAAACACAAUAAACUAAAAAGCACACACGGUAUAAACUAAAAAAAAAAUAGUUUUCAAAACUAUAUUUUUUAAAUUUUGGGACAACUUCUAAAGAGACCCUGUCUUUUAUACUCAAGCAUUUCUUGAUGUUUGAUAAUCAAAAAAUAUAUUAUCUUUUAAAACAGUUUGCCCUUUUUACGUAUUUUCGAAAUAACCUACUUUUGUAUUUAUAAUAUUAAUAUGAUAUUGAUGUUUAGACUGAAGUUUAGAGGGGCCGUUACAAGUUACCCAUGCGACUAUUUUCAGCUACAUUUUUGUAUUGAUCAUGAAUCUAUAAUACUGUCAAAUGAUUUUUUUCUUAAUGUAUACUUGAUAAGUUUGAUUGCAUAACAAAAAAAACAAUGGAUGAUGAUAUUAACCUUACCACUAAAAGAUUUCAAUAUUAAUCUUGCCAGUAUAGUGUCGAAGUAAAAAAUAUUUAAAUAUCACACUUUCUUACUUGCCACGAAAUUAAAAACAAGACAAUUCAACUUACAUAUGGAUACUAAAUGUGGCACAUAAAUAUACCGCUGUCCCAACGCACCAUACUUUACUUAAUCUUAAGCUUCUCAAUACAUAAUAUACAUUUAUUUUUUACUCUUACAACACAUUGAUAAAUCAAUAUUUUUAUAUGGCAGGACUUUGAAUAUUCGAAUAUCGAUUUGUAACGACCCAAUCUACUAUGAAUGUUUAGUUUUAGACUUGCCAAGUAAUCAUAAUAUUACUAUUCAUUGUAAAACUUAAGUAUUAAAAAGGAAAUGGAUCUAAUACAGGGUUUACUGCUGUAUCCAUGACGCCCAGUUAACGUUGCCGUCUGCUUUUUUAAUAUUAAGUGUAGUAAAUAAAUGUGUUAAGGGUAA